AUGGAGCAGAGAUCUCAAGAAGCUCCGACUCUUGGAGGGCAUAUCAUAUUCGAUGGACAUGACGAAAAGUUCCUAAGAGAAGUCUUUGAGGAACUGAUUUCUCAAAGGUAUGAUGAAAAAAGAGCAGAGAGUGGAGAACAUGAUGAAACCAAUGAUUUCCUUCAUCCAAACAACGAAGGCAGGGAUUUCUCUGAUAACUCUUCCACUGAAUCCGAAGAAAACAGCAACGAUGUCUCUGACCAGUCUUCCCAAGCAUCUGAUGAAUACUCUUCCAAUGAAUCCAAUGAAAGCAUCUCUGAUCAAUCUUAUGAAACAUCUGAUCAAAGAGAUGAUGAUGGUGCAUCCCCCGACUCCUUUGAACAGAUUUAUCAUUGUCUCUCUCAGAUUGAAAAGUCUCUCCCCGAAAAUGGCGACAAAAUCAUAAUGCCAACUUCAGCUCUCAUGCAUCUCCUCGGUCUCGAAAUCCAGUACCCUACGCGGUUUGAAAUCCGAAACGAAUCUUCCGGGCGAGUUUCUCACUGUGGGGUCUUGGAGUUCACCGGCGAGGAGGACGCCGUCUUCUUACCAGGUUGGAUGAUGGAGAACAUACAGCUGCAAGAGGGUGACCGUCUGAUUGUGAAGAAUGUGAGCCUUGAAAAAGGAACUCACAUGAAGUUGCAGCCUCACACCACAGAUUUCAUUCACAUCUCCAACAUCAAGGAUUUGCUGGAAGAUAUACUGAGGAACUUCUCUUGCCUGACAACUGGAGAUAAUAUCAUGAUCAACCAUAACAGCAAGAAGUUUUACGUCAAUAUAGUAGAGACCAAGCCUUCUGCUGCUAUAAAUAUUAUUGAUACAGAUUGUGAGGUGGAGUUUGCUCCUCCACUAGAUUACAAAGAACCCGAAAAACCAGCACCAAAGAAUGCAGCUCCGGUCAAAGAUCAGAAACAGAAAGGGAAGUUCAUACCAUUCCAGGGGUUGGCGAGGCGGGUCGAUGGGGAAAGUUCAGCAGAACCAGAAUUAUCUUCUUUCCUGAAACAGCAAGCAUUGGAUCCUGCAGAUACAAUGGCAGCUCGACCAAAUUUAGGUUCGCACAGACUUGAAGGAAAACUAGUGUUUGGUUCCCGUGAAAUCCAGCCAAUGAAGAAGGUUUCAAAGGAUGAUGUUCAAGGAGAAGCACCUAAGAAAGAGGAACAACAAUUUCGGCCAUUCACAGGAAGAAGUAUAAAUUGA